CGUUUGGUUUGCGUGCGUGAUCGUAUGUUGUUGUUGUAUCAAAAUCCAAUCAAGUUUACAAAAAAAUCGAAAAUCUUGGUGAUAAGUAAUUCCAAAACACUUUCAUCAUGACCUCCCAAGCUUUAGCCUCCCUGACUGCCACCUACACGGAUUCCGAAGGCGAAGAGGACAUGGAAGACGAGCAGCCGACGCCAGAAAAAAACGAUCCACAAGUUACUCAUUCCGAGCCAGCUAGUCCGAGAGUUGCAGAUGAUUCGUCCAAGUCGGCGUCGGCGCCGGUGACGCCGAAGCGGCCGGGCGGGCUCGUGUCGUACGUGGACGACACCGUGGUGUCGGACGACGAGGAGGCGCGCGGCGAGGACCGCGACGACAUGCGGCGGCUCUCCAUGGAGGUGGACACGGACGAGGCGCCGCCCCCGGAGCCCGCGCCCGACGCCGCCGCGCUGCCGCCCGAGCCGCCCGGCCGCUGCCCCAAGGAGCUGCAGGACAACAUCGCCAAGUACUACCAGCGCAUGAUCAAUGAAGGCAUCGACAUGAACAAGAUCAUCCAGGACCGCAAGAACUUCCGCAACCCCAGCAUUUACGAGAAACUCAUACAGUUUUGUGAUAUUAAUGAGCUGGACACAAAUUAUCCCCCAGAAAUUUAUGAUCCCCUACGAUGGGGGAAGGAAUCAUACUUUGAUGAGCUAGCAAAGGCCCAAAAAGCAGAAAUGGAUAGAAGGGAGAAGGAAAAGAAAGAUAAGCUUUCAAAAAUUGAUUUUAUAACUGGAUCCACCAAGAAACCUGAAAGUGAUGAUGAAAAGAAGCGGAAGUCAAAAUGGGACCAAGCAGCGCCUAAUGUGUCCAACAAGCCCACAAUCAAGCAGCCCGGCCUGCUGCCACUCACCUCCAACGUCACAGGCACUAAAGGCACCGUCAUUUCAGCUUUUGGCUCAUUGCCAAAGAAACCCAAAAUCUAACUUUAUAUUGUAUAUGUUUGUACUUACCUUAAAUGUGAAUAAAAUUAGGAACUAAUAAAAUUAUUUAAGUUUUUA